AUGCCCAGGGCCUCGUCCAUCUCGUCGCAGCCCGCCGAAGCAGCCGCUGGCGAGCCAGACACGAGCAACAACCCCUCGGGAACUCCCACGCCCGACCUCGACGACCUCGACCCGCUCGCGCAGCAAGAGCUCGAAGCUUUCGGGACUGAUGCUCUAGACGACUCAUUGCCCGCGCCCCCAAAGGACCACAGCGUGUUGCAGCCCGGAGCGGCGGUCGGACAGGACGGGGGUGCAGGGACGAAGAGGUCGCUCGGCGCGGCGGAACCCCUCGCGCGCGCAAAGAGGCCCAAGAACGUCAAGUUCAGCCCUGCAAAGACGGGCAAGCAACUCGCUCGCCGUGCGGCCGCACCAGGCUCGACGCAGGGCGACGUUCAGCUUCCCAACAACGACUUCUGCGAUUCGUGCGGCGGCAAGGGCCACUUCUUGUGCUGCGAGGGCGGCUGCCUCCGCUCCUUCCACUUCUCGUGCUUGGAGCCGCCUCUCGAGAUUGACGAGGUGCCGGACGAGAGCUGGUUCUGCAAGGCGUGUCGCGCGGCAGCGCACCCGCCUCCGAAGCCUCGCGCCGGCUUUUUCACCGACCUGAUCUAUGAGGUCGAGACGAAGAACCCGAAGCAGUUCUCGCUGCCGAACGAGAUCAAGAACUUCCUCAGGAAUGUCGCGACGGGCACGAAUGGGGAAUUCAUCGACUCGGUCGAGCAUCGCCCGCCUUCCAAGAUCACGGGCCGCGCGAUUGGCCAGGAAGACCGCGACGGCUACCGCCUCAAGGACAAGAACGGCCGGCCCAUCAUCUGCUACAACUGCGACGAGGCGGCUUCGGCAGUCAAGCGGCGGCGGAUCAUCUCGUGCGACUUCUGCGACCAGAGUUGGCAUCUCGACUGUCUCGACCCGCCGAUGACGGGCAUGCCUCCGCCUACUCGCAAGUGGAUGUGCCCGCUCCACACCGACCACAUUGUUCCGAAGCGGCGGCAGACGAAGACGACGCAGACGAUCACGGUCGACCAGCCGUACCGCUCGAACAACGGCGACAUCAUCGUCAUGCCCUCACGCGAUCCUGCGCCGCGCGAAGAGAUCGAGGAGAUGACGCUCAACCGCGUGCGGUAUCAGAUUCCCGAGCGACACGUCAUCCUCGAUUUCUGGGGACGCUUGACGGGUCAGAAAGUCGCGCCUUCCUCGUCGAAGAAGGCCGGCAAGGCGCCUCGAAAACGGUCGGCAGUCUCGGGGUACGAUAGCGGCGACUUGUCCCCUCUCAGCGACCUCACUUCGUCCGACGACGACUCGGAGUCUGAGGGCGACGCGCGCAGGAAGAAGGUCUCGUCUGCCUCGCCGAACCCGCUCGACAACCUCGCUCUCCUCGCCGAAGUCCGCUAUAUCGACUUGCUCAACCAGCAGCAGUCAACGACGAACGGCUCGCCCGGCAAGGACAAGGGCAAGGCGGUUGCGCGCGAUGUCCCCUCCCCUCUCCCCAACUCGACCCAGCGUCGCGGUCCUCGUCCUUCGGCUCCUGUUUCCACUACCGCCGCAUCGACUUCCAAGCGUCCAGCAGCAGCUGCACCCGGCGGUACGCCCAGCGGCCCGUCCCGCUCGCGAGGCGGCUCACCCAGCCUGUCACCUGCACCGAAAGCAACCGAGCUCGUCGUCACAUCGAAGGAAGACUUGCAGGCGCUGAUGCGGGUGCGGAAGUUGAGCAAGGCGAAGGAAGGGUCGGACACGGAUGGCUGGAAGGCGGCGUUGUUCGGGUUCUUGGACGGCGAGCCGAUCUUGCCGAAGCUCGAGUUCCUGAAGGCCGACUCGACACCUUGGCGGCGACCUUGGGAGCAAGGUGGUGCCGGCGGACCCGGGCAGAAGAAGCCUGGUCACGCAGGGUCGCCUUCCUUUUCGCCUUUCCCUUCUCCCGCCGCCAAUGCUGCGACUCAGCGCGACCCUCUCUCAACUGCAGCGCCUGUUCCUACCGCCUCGGCAAUCGCACCUGUAUCGACUCCCCCAGCUUCUGCCGCCGACGCCGCGCCUACCUUUGCUGCACCUGCAACGAGCGCGCCUGCGCCCGCAGAGCCAGAGAAUGCCGACACGCCCGCGACGCCGUCCGAGUCUUCCCUUCCCUUCGGCCUUCCCGCCUCCUCCGAUGCCAUGGGUACGCCAGCAGUACCCGCGCCGACCGGCGAUGCGCAUGUCUUGCCGAAGCAGGAGGAGCAGCAGGCGUCGCUUGCGCCGGGCGAGGUCAAGGCGGAAGUAGGAAUGGACGCGAUGGAGGUCGACGAGGCAUCAGCGCCAGCGGAGGUCAAGGCGAACGGGUUCGAGAAGGAGGCGGCUUGA